CUUCACGCCGGCAACCAUCGGGAGAGGCGAGAGCUCUACAUGUGACCGCUUGCUCGUGGUGCCGCCUUGCCUUCUUUUUUUUAUUUGUCUAACGUCGUCUAUUCCGCUCGAACGCGCUGCACCCACUCGGCUCGGGACGCUCCUCGUUUUCUUUCUUUCGCGUACCGCGAUUGUCGUAUAAACGCGCGAUCAUCGUCGAGCCGGCAGCAUGCGUGCCCUGUUGUUAGCGGCCCUUUUCGGGUUUGUCCACGGCCAACAGUACUUCCAGGACCCGGAGAAGAUCGUGAGCUACUCGCGCGAUCUCGGCGACACCCGCGGCCAUUAUUCAUUCUCCUACGAGACCGAGGGCGGUAUACUCCAGCGGGAGAGCGGUAGCCGCAAGUACGCCGGCACCUCCGACGAGACGCAGCUGAUACAGGGUUCCGUGCAGUACAACGCGCCGGACGGUACCCCGAUCGCCAUGAGCUGGACCGCCGACGAGUUCGGCACCCAAGUGUCCGGCACCCACAUUCCCACCCCGCCGCCGAUUCCACCGGCGAUCCAGCGUGCCCUCGAGUGGAUCGCCAAGCAGCCCACCACCCCGGAGCCGAUCGAGAAGGACAAUCCGACGCAGAACGCGGUCCCCCGCGACAACCGUCAAUAUCGAUUAUCCUCGAAUAAACGAAAUUGAACGCGCGCGCUCGCCCAACGUUACUAGCGUUAAGUCCGUCCAACACCACUGCCCGUCCCUCCUGCCGCUUUAUACGAUACGAUGCUUUUAAUAAUAAAUUGUAUACUUUUAUAGAAAUUCCUCCGAGAGUACUGUCUCCGUGGAAAUGUAUUUUGGUGGGAGUUACGUCUUUACGUGCUACAGCAUUCCCGUGUCAGGGGUGGUUUUAAUAGAUAAUAGCGAGCCAUUCUAUUCUCGUAUGCUUUCUCGUAGUUUGCACAUGAUCUCAUAAUCAAACGCAUAUGGUAGACCGUUCUAAAGAGACGAAUCGUCUUUUUUGUUAUAUUCACACAUUUGUCUUCUGUCACUUUUUUGUCAUUGUCGUCUAGAACUGAACUGAAUGAUCUACAUUCGAUAUAUGUAUACAUUCAAGCGUAUGUAAACAAUGGCAUAAAUAAGUGAGUACUGAUGGAGCUGAGAUUAUUUAAGCGCACUUCACAUUUUUUUACAUGUACCUGCCUUUUCUCGAAAUAUAAGUUUUGUCGAACAAUUCUCUAGUCUGCACAACCGUUAUAUUCCUAAGCUAUAUUUAUUACCUUAUACGCGAAGGCAAUAAAUGGACUGCAUUUAUUCAUUUCUUAUACGCGCAUUAUCAUAAUUUAGUCAUGCAAAUUUUGUCCUUGAUCAUUUAAAU